UCAGUACAACGACGCGCUUGGUAUCUUGUAGUUCGCUUUCCUCAGCGCAGAUACAUUUCAUACGCUCUGUGUGCUUUGUUAUUUUGAUUUUUUUUCGGUCUUCUUCGGUGUAGAUUAGCACUAAUUUGUUUUUGAUUACUGCCGGGGGAUCGAUGCCCAGCAGCUGCUGACAGCAGCAGCAGGAAGAAGAAUAAUUGUCAACAGCGGCCAAGGGCAAAGGGAGUUCAUAUUUCCUUCAACCAGCUGGAUGUAACUUCAAUAAUCAACACGGCACACGAUCAAAUCGGCAACGUCAUCGGCAAAAGCAAACAGGAACAGCAAAGACAGACUGGAAGGAUCGCUCGUGCCAUAUGAAGCACUAAGCCCUCUAUAUAAUUGUUAAGGGGGUUGUUGAUGUCUCUACCCAAAGAAAUUCCAAUUCAUGCGGUUGGCAAUACAAAAUGCACGUCUGACUGAUUAAAAGGGGCGAGACAAAGCCAGCGAUCCUGCCAGGACGUCGAGACGAUACGAGGACGAACUGCUUAUCAGCCAUGCGUUGAGAGCCAGCUACGGCGUUAGGGUAGAUGAGGGUUAGAAACCUAUUCGCCUGUUGGUUCUUAUCUUAAAGCUUACGGUGGUGUGGAAAUAGAGCAGAUGUGCUGAAGCCAAAACGACGCCCAAAACGAAUCCCAAUAACAGAAUACACCUUGAGGAACCACUUUGUGGAAAGGGGCGCCGAGGCAGUCAAUAUAAGCGCGUGCGCGGCAUGCGUUCAAAAAACACCCCCUCUCUCCCUCUCUCCCAAGACAGACAAAUACUUAAAUCUACACACCUGGCAUUGAAGCUCUAUCAUCAGUUGCUUUGAGUCUACUAUCACACAGUUGUAUUCAAAAUUUUCAUUUUUUUAGAACGUUCAAAAUUCUCCGUAUUUAAAAUGUCGGUUUGUAAUAAUUUAGACAUUGUAGAGUUUAGUUUGGCUACAGAGAGUGCAGUAAAAACAAACCUACCUGACGAGAAAACCACAACAAAAACUUUCAAAAGUUCCGAGAAAGAGAACUGCGGUGGACAGUCCCCCAAGGCGGAAGCAGAGGCAAACGCGGCUAAGACAAACAUCAUCACAACGGGAGCAAAGGCACAACCGGCCACCCCCAGCAGUGGAGCGGCCAAAGCACCACCGACGGGAAUUCCAACGGCCUCUCAGGAUGUUGGAGACGGCAUGGGGAACGGAACAGAGCUCAAGUUUCAGUCGUAUGUCAAUGGAAACGGCAAUGGCAUAUACAAAAUCAUCAAAACUCUGGGAAAGGGUAAUUUUGCAAAGGUCAAACUGGCACUGCAUAUGCCCACAGGUCGAGAGGUGGCCAUCAAGGUGAUCGAUAAGACUCAAUUAAACACUAGUGCCCGCCAAAAGCUAUACAGAGAGGUGCGGAUCAUGAAGUUGCUCAAUCAUCCCAAUAUCGUGCGUCUCUUUCAAGUUAUCGAAUCGGAGCGAACCUUAUAUUUGGUUAUGGAAUAUGCUAGUCGUGGCGAGCUGUUCGAUCAUUUGGUGAAACAUGGACGUAUGCGAGAGCGGGAUGCACGAGGAAUCUUUCGUCAAUUGGUGUCUGCCAUUCAAUAUUGUCAUAGCAAAUUUGUGGUGCAUCGUGAUUUAAAGGCCGAGAAUCUACUGCUUGACCAGAAUAUGAACAUCAAGAUAGCGGAUUUCGGCUUUGGCAACACAUUCGAUCCUAAUGCCCAGUUGGAAACAUUUUGUGGCAGUCCCCCCUAUGCAGCUCCGGAACUAUUUAUGGGCAGAAAAUAUGCAGGUCCUGAGGUAGAUGCCUGGUCCCUCGGUGUCGUCCUUUAUACUCUGGUUAGUGGUUCGUUGCCCUUUGACGGUGCUACUUUAAAGGAGUUAAGGGAACGGGUGCUGCGUGGAAAAUAUCGAGUUCCCUACUAUAUAUCUAUGGAUUGUGAGAAUUUGAUGCGCAAGUUUCUCGUUCUGAAUCCCUCAAAGCGUACAACGCUCAAUGCUGUAAUGAGCGACAAGUGGAUUAACUUGGGCCACGAAGAUGUCGAUCGUUUACGGCCAUUCCGCGAAAAGCCCAUGGAAUUGCAAGACCCUGUCCGAAUGGAGCAACUUUUCCAGAUGGGCUAUAAAAGGCGAGAGGUGGAAAACUCUAUUAAGGGCCAGGCUUUUGACGAUAUCUACUGCUCCUACAUGUUACUUGGCUCCCCAAAACCGCGUGGCUCAUGCCAGCUACAGUUGGAAAUGGGUGGCAGUGAACCUUCAAAUCCUUCAGUGACUACACUUCCUUGUGUGACCCAAGAAACAUUAGCCCUCGACAAAGGUACACCUUCAAGCAAUGCCAGUCGUUCCAUUCCUUCCCGUGUGAUCAAUGCCUCAACUACGCCGACGACUUCACCAAAUAUAUCAGGAGUACCACCUGCAAAGCCAACUCGACGUACACCAGCCCGCAAGGCAGUUACUUCGACACCUGCUGCGUCCGCCUCCUCCUCCUCCGCCUCGCGUACUCCAUCGACGCCACAGAGCAAGCGGGUGGCUGGAGGCAAUGUGAUGGAUGUCAAGCCAACGCUUUUGAGUGCCCAAAGGCAGAUGGCCCAGGCCCAAAAGAUGGCCAAUACUCCAACCCGCUUUCAAUAUACGAAUCCAAGUCAGAGUUCCUCACGGCGACCCACAACCCUUUACGAGAGAGCCGACACCACUACGGCAUCUGCUGCAACAUCUAUACCGCCACCCAAGUCGCCAAUGGAUGCCCGUGUCAUGGAUCGUCUUAGCCACUUAAGCAGCGCUGUGGAAACCGUGCCUGCCACUUGUCCACCAACUGCGGAGAAGUCUUCGGACAAGCCCUUCACACGCAACAAUGUGGCCAGGGCCACAUUUCACUUUGGCCAAGGACGCAGUGGCAAACAUGGGCGAGCGGCAAGUAAUGCUAACGAGGAAGACGGCUAUCAAACGCCUCCACUCUCUGCAGAUGACACCAAACCGGCCUCCCGUGUGGGAUUCUUCUCAAAGCUGACAGCGCGCUUUGGCCGACGUGUUAUUCACUUGAAUGAGAAGGAUGCUUCCGAGCAGCGCAAGAAUCUGACAAAGUAGUCGACAAAAACGUAAAUGCCAACACAUCUACAAUAACAAACAAAAAAAAACAACUGAAAAAUCUACAAAAGAAAAAAGUAUAAUCGAACGGAUCAAAUUGUUAAAUCUUUUAGUACUGUAAGUGAUAGUAGUGUACGCAGUUACUAUUUAGUUCAUUUAGUUGGUAUAUUUUAUGAAGCAGACUACACAUAAAUUAAAUAUUAAAAUGAAAGCAGAUCUUUAUCAAA